CUUUUCUCACGGAGCCUGAUAACGACACCACUGUAGCCUUAGGGACCUCUUCUUUUCUUAUAUCUAUGAUCAGCGCCAUCUUGUCGUAUCCAUGGAAAAGCGGCCUAGUUGAGACGCCGCCGCCGCCGCCGUCGUCCUCUCCCCGCCCCGGGAACGCGCUGGCGAUGAUGGCGGAGGCGGCUUGGAACGAGGAUACAGGCGGGGCAGUCUACCGAUCUCGAGACCCCAUCCGUAACCUGCGAGUCAGGGUUAAAAUUCAGCGGGUUACUUCCACUAGCCUUCUGCUGCAGCAGUUACAGCAAUCUUCCUGCCAACCAGGCCAACAGCACAUCAGCUUGUCCACUUUUGGGCAUCACAACACAGCAAGCAGGCAUUGUCCUGAGGAGGAGAAAGAGGAGGCUGUUAUUGGCUGGCAAGAGAAACUCUUCAGUCAAUUUGAGGUCGAUCUUUACCAGAAUGAGUCUGCUUGCCAGAGCCCGCUUGACCGGCAGUACCACCAGGACAUCCUGAAGUUGGAAGAGUUGGGGGGUCGGAAGAAUAAGCGGAUCUUCACCUACACAGACCAUGAUCGCUUCACCAACCUAGAGGAGCAUUGUCAGAGAGUAACCACUUCUGCCAAGGAAGUGCCUUCAUAUUUGGCAGAAAUGAUGGCCAAUGUGAGGAGGAGACGGCAAGAACGCAGGCCAGUAGAAGGAAACAUCCUGAAAUCCCGAAUUAUCACUUGGCAGCCCUCAGAAGAAUUCAUCAAGAACAACCAUGUCAUUAAUACCUCUGUGCAGACCAUGUAUAUUAUGGGGGACCUAGGACCUCAAGGCAAACUUGGUUGCAAGGAGUAUGAGUAUGUUCUCUGCAUGGUCAAGGUGGACAGCAACGGAGUCAUCACAGUCAAGCCAGAUUUUACGGGCACAAAAGGGCCUUACAGGAUUGAGCUGGAAGGGGAGAAGCGGGAAAUGUGGAAAUUCACUCUGGAGAAUGCUUCAGCCACAGUGGAAGAGAAGGAGGAGGCACGGGAACAGCGUGUCUUCAAGGAUCUGUAUAGCCGGCAUAAGGAGUAUCUCAGCGGACUUGUUGGAUCUGACUUUGAGAUGACUGCUCCUGGUGCUCUCCGAUUUUUUGUUAAUGGCGAAAUUGUUUCAGCCCAAGGUUAUGAGUACAGCAAUCUGUACAUACACUUCUUCUUGGAACUGCCCAGCUGCUGGUCAUGUCCCCCAUCUCAACCACUCUCUGGAGUGACACAGACUUGCACUAGCAAAAUACAUGGCAAAGACAGAGUGGCUUUUUUUUCCUUCCCAUUUAUCCUGGAGAUGUUCUUCACCCAAGAGGAUGACUUGGAGGGCUCCCUCCCACAGUGGCCUGUCCUGUACUUUGAGGUUCUUUCCUUGGAUUUCUGGCAUAGAUAUCGUGUUGAAGGCUAUGGGUUUGUGGUGCUGCCAGCAACGCCAGGGGCUCAUACUUUGUCUGCUUCUACAUGGCGUCCGGUGGAGUUGGGCACCAUCUCAGAACUACAGAGGUUUUUCAUUGGGGGAUCUCCAGAGCUCGAGGACAUGACCUACACCAGAGUGCCAAGCACUUUCACAGGUGAUCGUCUCAGCCGUUUUGGUUUUCGUUCUGAAACCACAGGGAGUGUGACUUUCCGGCUGAACUGCCUGCAGCAGUCCAAAGCUUUUCUGGAGUCCAGCUCCAUGAAGAAACGCAUGCAGAGUGUUCUGGAUCGACUGGGAGGCUUCAGUCAGCAAGGUUCCCUCUAUAAUGUCUUAGAGGCUUUUCAGCGGGCCCGUCACCGGAUGCAGGAAGCCCGGGAAAGCCUUCCUCAAGAUUUGAUCCGCACUUCGGCCUCUGCUGGCUCACUAUGAUGAAAGCAUCACUGAGCAUCCUGCUAUCAUCUGAGAUGCUCUACGCCAGUGUUUCUCAACCUUGGCAACUUGAAGAUGAAUGGGCUUCAACUCCCAGAAUUCCCCAGCCAGCCAGCACGUCUUCAAGCUGCCACGGUUGAGAAACAUUGCUCUACACCUUGGUUUCUCACCUCUGCAUCUUAUGAAUGACUCCUGAACCUAGUUGGAGGAGGGCCAUGUGGCGCUGGACAUAGGUCCUUGGGCUGCAGUUUCUUCAAAGGAUGAGACAGAAACCUCCAUUUUUCUCCCUUUUUUCACACACGAUCAUGAGAUUACAAAAAUAUUCUAAGCCUAAGGAAGGCAACAUGUUGUAUUUUAUUUUGUGUGCAUGGAAGUGUUUUUGUGCCUAUGCGUGUAUAUAAUAUUUAUAUAUACAUGUAGGGGUGUGUGUAUCUUACUGUUUGUACUCAGUUUAUAACAAGGGUCAAGGAACAAUUAAAAUAAUGAUAAUAUUUCAAUA